AUGGCACCUUCAGUUGCAGACGUAGUACCAAGCGCAUCCGAGUUGAAGGAGAAGGCGGAGCAAAAGCUCAACCGGGCAUACGACGCGGUCCAACACUCUGCAUACAAGUACACUAGUUACUUGCCAGUGUACGAUGAGACGACAACGUUCCCAGUAACGGAGCCUUUCGAGUUUGCUGAUAAGGGCCUCCUAGCAGACAAAGCCAAGCCUCAUCUCCUCGGACUGAAUGACCCUAAAGUGGUCAUUACCAAGCUGACCCCUCGCGUCGGCACAGAAAUCACUGGUCUCCAGCUUUCCGAGUUGACAGAUGAACAAAAGAAUGAGCUAGCCUUGUUGAUUGCUGAGAGAGGUGUUGUGGUGUUUCGAGGCCAGAACUUCAAGGACAUUGGCGUUGAGAAGCAAAAGGAAUUUGGCCGGUACUUCGGGCGCCUACAUGUUCACCCCGUUGGAGCUCACGUUGAGGGGGCCAUUGAAUUCCACAACAUCUAUCUUGGGCCGGAUAACCUCUACCGGAACCAGAGACAGACCGAAAAAUUGACCACCACCGGAUACCACUCGGAUGUUUCGUACGAGCAUCAGCCUCCGGGAAUCACACUUCUUACUCUACUCGCAGUGCCAUCAACGGGUGGUGAUACGGCGUGGACUUCCCAAGUUGCGGCGUACGAACGGCUCUCGGAGCCACUGAAGACGUUUUUGGAGGGCUUGCGCGCCGAACACAGCGGAUUUCCACAGGCUGAAAAUGCCCGUCGCGACAAACAUUUCGUAAGGCGCGAGCCCGUCAAGUCACACCAUCCCAUCGUUCGAGUACAUCCAGUUACCGGCCAGAAAGCGCUCUUUGUGAACCCGGGAUUCACCAAGAAGAUUGUAGGGCUGAAGACCGAGGAAUCCGACGCUAUCUUGAAGUUGCUUUUCAAGCAUAUCUCGCAGAGUGCGGAUGUCCAAGUCCGAGUGAAAUGGGACGACCAAACGGUAUCGCUCUGGGACAACAGGGUGACGGCUCACACUGCGAUAUCGGAUUACGAUGUGCAUAAUGAGGAAGAGGGCUUGCGCCACGGCUUCCGCAUCACCACUCUCGGCGAACGCCCCGUCGGAGUUAACGGUCUAGAAACUGUGUGGUAG